CCUGGGCACCUCCCUACACGAUGGGAGGUGUCUCCUGCUUUGGGCUUUUGGUGUUGGGCCUGCUCCAGUUUUUAGGAGCAGGUGUGGUGCUGGCAGAGCUGCUGACUGUGACCCCAACAAGAGAAGAUGCCACCGGGCUCCUGGGAGACCCCACAGUCACUGGGACACUGGACCCCCGUGACUGGGACAUCCCCGCUAUCAACCACGUAUUCAACCCUGAAGAGACCCCUGAGGGUGGCUUCUUGAUUGAAGGUGACAUCAUCAAGACUAGCCCUUUCCGGAUGUAUUCUGCCUUCAGCUCCAAGUGGCCAGUGAAAGAUGGGAUGGUGCAGAUUCCCUACCGCCUGUCCAGCAAGUAUGACCAGUCCCAGCGGGCUGUCAUCCUGGAGGCCUUCACCGACUUCGAGCAGUUGACUUGCGUUAGAUUUGUUUCACACACGAAUGAGAAUGACUUUGUCUCCAUCACACCCCUGGCUGGGUGCUUCUCCAGCGUGGGGCGCAGUGGGGGCAUGCAGGUGGUCUCCUUGGCUCCGCUGUGCCUCCAGAGGGGUAAGGGCAUCGUACUGCACGAGCUUAUGCACGUGAUGGGCUUCUGGCACGAACACUCGCGGGCCGACCGGGAUCGCUACAUCGACAUCUCCUGGCGUGAGAUCAUGCCGGGCUUUGAGAUCAACUUUGUCAAAUCUCAGAGCAGCAAUAUGGUGGUGGCCUAUGACUACUCAUCUGUGAUGCACUAUGGGAGGUUCGCCUUCAGCGCCAGGGGCCUGCCCACCAUCACGCCUCUGGCAGGAUCUGAGGUCUCCAUCGGUCAGCGGCGGUACCUGAGCAGCUCCGACAUCGCCAGAAUCAACCAGCUGUACUCCUGCAGCCGGACCGGGUUGGAAGUGGCUGGAAACCAGCACAACGGCAUCAGAAGGCCCAGGGGGCCGAGGGCUAUGGACGCUGCUCUGCGUGAGAUGGGGAGGGCCCCUGCAGAGCCCACCACGAUGGGAGCUGCUGCUGACAAUAGACUGAGCCCCUCUGGGCCAGGGGCGGAGUCUGUGGCUGACAGAACCGGGGAGGGUCCUAGGGAGGAAGGGUCCACCCGGCUCCCUGCCCUGGAGAGCUCGGUGGCAGAGGCAGUAGCCUCCCACCCUGUCGCACCGGGCUCCUCCCCUGCUGCCGCCUCGCCCAUCAACUUUAGCUCUGAGCAGGCUCUUGGGCUUCUGCCCCUGGGAACAAAGGGGGUGGAGACUGGUCAGUCCUGGACCUCUGCCCCAGGGGUGGGGACGCUCAGAAAGGAUGAAAACAGGAGGCCCUCCCUGUCCCACCCUUCUCCAACAGAAACCACAUCCCAAAGGGUCUCUCCUCUUAGUACCCUGGAAGAGGACCAAGAUGGCCUCCUGGUUGCCAGCUUGACCCUACCAGAGGGAGCGGAGGCCGUCUAUACUGUAACCCCCAGCCUGUCCCCUGAGGGUACUGGGAGCGGAGGCCCCCACACUCCAGCGGGAGGGGCCCAGGCAAGACCCAGGGCCUGGGGAGAGACCCAGGGACCUCCGCACCCCAUCUCUCCUAGGUGGGAGACUCAAGUUAAUCUAGGGACAGCAGCCACUCCGCUGACCUCAGGACCAAAGCUGCCCCUUAGGGGGUUGGGGGUGGUCCUGGGACCCCUCCAGCCCAAAGCUCCAGGUUCAGAAGAUAGCCCUCCACCUCACCCAGCAGCCCCAGUCCUCCUUCCUGGUCCUCUUAGCGGAGUCCCUGCCCUUGCGGAGACAGAGUCCAGCUGCUCAGGGAUGCCCCCCGUAGCCGGGACACUGGGCCCGGACAGUCUGGGAGGGGUGGGGCCUACCGGAUCCCAAGGAAUGGAAAUGGGAGGGAGGCUCUGGGCCUUCCUCUGGGGAAGAGAGGCUCCUUCCAAGGCUAGGGUCUCUGAGACCCCAGCCCCACAGACUGAGGCCGUACAGAGCAGCGGACUUGUGCCCGUGGGGCCAUCGACUCUGUGGCCCAAAGCUUCUUCCAGGCAGAAGGAAGAGUCGAUCAUUCAGCUGGCUAGCGGGGCCACUUCUGCCCUGUCGAGGGUUGCUGCCGGGGGAGCAACAAGCCCUUUCAGGGAGACGUGGGCCACCCCAUCGGGCCUUUCCACGGCAGCCGCAGGGAGCCCGGCCUUGCUGCCGGCCCCUCAGGCCAGAGACGUAAGCCGUUUCGGCCCAGGUCCGGGCCAAACGGCUCCUCCAGCUCUAGAGGGCAGAGGCCUGAGGGCUGUGAGCAGCUGGUUGGCACGUGCUCUGGCCCCACCCGUGGCCCGGGAGUCCCAGGCGGAACCCGUUCCUUCAUCGGGAAUUACGGUUUCCAGUCUCGACCCCAGACUUCCGUUCCCAGUGGCUUCCCCCAGCGUGGGGGUCGGGAAGCCGCGGACUAGCGGGGGCCCAGCCAAGCUGAAGGUAGAGCGAGGCAGAGCAGAGGUCAAGCAUCUUCCCCAGGCCCCCGCCGCCUCCGGCCAAGAGCUCAGGCUUUUCCUGGGGCCCAGAACCCAGAGGCAAGGCCGCCCGGCCGCUGCCACUCCCUCAGAGGCCCCUGCCAGGGGAAGCCGGCUCCCUCACCCUAUAGGGCCAGCCCCAGAAGGGGAUUCAAGCCAGUUUGGUGGAGGAGGCCGAGGUCCAGCCCCCCAGCUCCUUCAUGCUGGGGCUAGCCCACCCCUGGGUGCCGUGCCUCCAGCACGGGGCGGAGGCCUGCUGGGACCAUCUGCUGCCAAAGCCCAGGAUACUGAGCAAGGGGCAGGGGGAACCCCAGGGUUCUGGGAAAAGGGACUGACUUCCCCAUUGACCCCAGGCAUCCCACCAGCCCCCUGUGCCACCAACCCUCCAACCCUCUUCCCCUACUCCCCCACACCCUCCAUCCUCCCGGAAACCCUACCCCUCACUAUGGCAGCUGAGUCGGCCCAGGUUGCUUCUGCUUCUACAGGAGUCUCAGGGCAAAGCCAACAACCAGCAGUUGUGCUCCCACUCUUCCGGGGAGGGGAGGCUCCGCCGGGGCCGGGUCCCCAGGGAUGGAGAACUGCUCUGCCUAGGGGUGCAGGAGUGUCCCGGAGGGCCUUAAGGGGAAGCCUAGCUGAGCAGCAGCGGGCCUUGGAGGCUGCUGAGCCUCGGACCUUCUGGGUGAGCUCCACACAGCCAGGCAGGAGGAGCAAUCCCCUCCAGAUAGAAGCCAGACUCAGGAAUGCAGUUGAUGCCCCGAAACCUCCCCUUGGGGCUCCCUGGCAGUGCCCUCCCGCAACAGGAUGCCUGAACACCCCUCUGCACGGACAAGCUGGGCAUCCAACCUCCACAGAGACCGUGGCUGCUGGACCUCCGGGACAGAUGUCUCUGUCGCAGCUGCCCCCGAGGUCUGAGAGACCUAAGCCCCUAGGAGUCUCUCCAACAGCUUCCCUGUGCCCAGCUAGGCUCUGCCCCCCUCUCUUGGGGUCCCCACCCAGAGGGGACUGGUUCUGUGACUUCGAGAUCGAUUUGUGUGGCUGGCUGCAGAGCGGGGCGGCAGAUUCCAACUGGACACGCACCCGGCAUGGGCCCGGCUUAGCCCGGGAAGAUGGCCUUUCUGUAGCAGCCCCCUGCACCUUCCCCACAGGACACCACCUCUCCCUGAGGAACCCGGCUCCAGAGCGAAGAGCGGUCCGCCACGCUGCCCUGGUCAGUCCCCUCCUCUCUGGUGCCAAGUGGAUCCGGUUCUGGCACGGUCCCCUGUGCCCCGACGUGGGCACCAUUAACCUGUACCUCCGCUUUAAAUCGCUCCCUGGCUGGCACCCGCUCUGGACCAGCGCGGGAUGUGGCAGCUUGUCCUGGAAUUGGGUGGAAGUGGAGCUGCUGGCCUCUCGGAAGAUUCAGGUGAUGGUGGAAGGGGUCUUAGGCCCAGAAGAGGGUGCCAGCUUAGCCAUCGACAACCUGUCUAUCUGUGGCUACCACUGAUCAGAGGAUGGCAAAAAGCCAACAGCUUCCUGAAUGUCUUGUAACGUCCCAAAUAA